AUGAAGCUAGACGAUGCUCUAUGGGCCUACAGGACAGCAUUCAAGACCCCCAUUGGGAUGUCACCAUACCAACUAGUAUUCGGCAAGGCUUGCCACUUACCAGUUGAAUUAGAGCACAGAGCUUUCUGGGCUCUAAAAUUACUCAAUUUUGAUGAAAGGGCUGCUGGAGAAAAGAGAUUAAUGCAAUUCAAUGAACUGGAAGAAUUUAGAAAUCAAGCAUAUGAGAAUGCAAAAAUCUAUAAAGAAAACACAAAAAUGUGGCAUGACCAAAAGAUAGCAAGAAGAGAGUUCAUUGAAGGACAAAAGGUGUUACUCUACAACUCAAGACUCAACUUCUUCCCUGGAAAACUUAAGUCUCGAUGGUCAGGAUCUUUCACCAUACUCAAGGUGUUUCCCUAUGGUCAUGUCGAACUCAUGGAAGACAAGACUCAGAGAACUUUCUCUGUCAAUGGCCAUAGACUCAAACACUACUUGGAAGGCUCAUUGGAGGAGCAGAGAGUGAGCUACAAGCUCAGCUAA